AUGAUUAUGUCAAGUAAACAUCGAUCUUUAUUCCCGCCGGGUCUGGCGGAGUUGGAUAUUUUUCCAUCGAAAUCGUUCAAAUUUGCGAUGCUCAACAAAAUAAUACAAGAUCAUAUCGAUGUUAUAAACUAUGCGAAAGAAGAUGUUGUUGUUCGUGUCCUCGAACUUAGCGAAAAUCAAGGUGUUGAUAUUGCUUACGAUUCGAUAUACGUUGAAUCAAGUUUUGCAAAAUCUCUUGUCACAGUAAGACAAGAUGGUACAUAG